AUGGUCCCCCUUAUCAUCUUCAUGGACAACAUUUCCAGCAACAUAUCAAAACAAUGGAACAAACACCACACAAUCUACAUGUCAAAUGUGAACCUCCCACAUGAAAUGCUAGAGAAAGAGUUUUUUGUGCACUUCGUUAUGUCCUCACCACAUGCCGCUCCCAUGGAGCUUAUGUGGGCAAUGAAACAGUUCAUUUGUAAUGCAGCUACAUCUGGGGUCGCUGCAUGGGAUUGCAAAGACAACAAAGAAGUGUUAUUGAUCCCAUGUGGGCUUUUCAUUGCUGGUGACAACCCAAUGCAAGCAGAAGAAUGUAGUCAUUCAGGAUUGAACUGCAACUACUUCUGCCAGACAUGUGACAUUGGUGGAACAAAGGAGUACAAAGCAUCUAAGGAUGGCUAUAGCAGCUUGUUUGCAUCAGGCAAUCUUCAAACACCAGAAGGCACUGCUGUGAACAUCUGGGAACAGUUUGAGAUGGCGCUGAAGCCUGGUGCUACUGAGAAAAUCAAGAAUUUGGUAUCAAUGACAGGCAUCUGUGAUACAGCCUUGAAUUCCAUUAUGAACACUCUUGUAGAACUUGAAAAGAAGCUUCGAAAAUGUACAGUUGGCACUCAAGCAAAGUCUGAAGCUGAAGUCACAGCUGCACUGGAGAGAGAAUUUGAAGAGCUUCUACAAGGUGACAAGCUCAAAGACACCCUCAACCCAUUAUUGGGAAUGAAUGGGCUUGACAUCCACAUGGAUACACCAACAGAAAUACUGCACACUGUGCUACUUGGCAUUGUGAAGUAUUUUUGGGGACAAACUGUAUUUUUACUUGACAAAGCAAAGCUUAUGGACAUUUUUCAAACCUGUCUCCAGUCUGUUGACACAGAUGGACUGAAUGCUCCAUGCUUGAAUGCAGGAUACAUCUGUCAUUACAAGGGUAGUCUGAUUGGAAAGCACUUCAAGAGCCUGUCGCAGGUGAUGCCAUUCAUAAUCUAUGACCUUGUCCCUUCAACAGUCCUCAAUGCCUGGACAAUAAUGGGCAAACUCAUUGUACUCAUCUGGCACACAAAGAUUCUGAAUACCAAAGCCUAUCUUGUAGGUUAA